AACCCCCACGCUUUCCCCUUUCCGACGAACGCAGCAGCUACUGAACAUGGCGUAAGCUCCCGAGACGGAAAGAAAACUCUCGAGAGUGUUAGACGAAUCUACACAAUCAGGAGAGUUCGCGAGAGAGAAGCCAGAAUGAACGCUCGCCGACGGCUAAAGCUCAGCUCUCUGUCCUUCUCCCUCCCGGACGUCAGCGAAGUCGGCUACACGCCGUCUCCUAGCUACUACCCGCCGGCCCAGGAGAUUCUGGAGGAGCCCGAGGAGGCAGAGGAGAGAGAGGUGGACGAGGAGAGCGGGCCUGGAAGUUACAGAGUUGGCGACACUGUCAGAGAGAAGGAGGAAGACUGGGUGGACGCCACAGACCCCGUGUCUGGCUCCGUGUUCUUUGUUAACUCCGCCUCCUUGCCACGCCCACAUCCAAACGGCUCCGCCAUCAUCCCGAGCACCAGCAGCUCGAGCCUGUCUUCCUCCACCACCUCCCUCUCCCACCCUCACCCCCUCUCCUCCCUCACCUCCUCACCAUGUCCGCGUCGUUCCUCUUCAUUCACAACCUCCCUCCCUCCCACCCCAAACGAUGCCUUCUUUUCUUCGAGUUUCGCAGGCCCUCCCUCCCUCCCUCCUCUCCCUCCUCACAGACCAGUGACCCCUUCUACCAGCAUCUCAUCUUCUGCUCUCCCCAGUCCAACCAACAGCCAGAAUAUCGACGAAUUUUUUGUGUCAGGGAGCUAUUUCCGUGAGUCGGUCGACGGAGACUCCGCCCACUGCCCCUCCCCCUGUCCCUCGGAGGGCUGGAUGCCGAAGAGCGUGUCCAGCAGCAGUAUGGGGGGAGGUAGUGUGAGGUGGAGAAUGAGGAGGAAGUGGAAGAAGAUGGUGGGGAGGGGAGACAAGAUGAGGGGAAGAUCCUAUUCCCACGGACUGAUGCCCAGCGACAGUGUCCCUAACCUGAGCUGUGAUAUGGAGUACGCUCACCACCCGCCCAGCUCCGUCCCUCCCUCACCUCCCCACGGAGAACUGUUUGGCUCCCAGGACCUCCCUCUCGAGGGAGGCGCCCAUGGAACCAUCGUCACCGCCCGGGUAUCGCUGAAACCACACCCACUGGCCGGGCGGCCCCAUCGUCACUGGAACCUCGAGAAACUCGGGAUUAUUCCUGCAAGAGCUCUGGGAGGGAAGAGGUAUCGGUCGUUCACAAACCUCCGAUUUGCCUUCAAGAACCACUACCCCCAAGGCUCCUCCUCUCUCUCCAACUCUCUCGUCAUUAGAGGAAUAAUUCCAGGGACGCCAGCCUCCCUCGCUCCCCAGCUUCAGCAAGGAGACACGAUUCUGGCCAUCAACGGUCACGCGGUGUUCCUUGAGACGGCCAACUCCAUCCUUCGAGCUCAGUCGAGGGAGGUAGAGCUUGUCUUUAUCGUGAAGAAGAGGACACACGUGGGGUCAACUUUCACCUCCACACCCGCACACCAUCACCUCCUCACGUCCUCUCGCCAUGGCAACCUCGUCAGAUUGGUCUCGGGUAAAGAGACGACGUCAUCGCGACAUCAUCGCCACUCUCCCCCAUUCCUCUUUCUCUGUCUAACUCUGGAUACAAAAGAGGAGGACCCUGCUGAUAAGGACAUUCUCUACUGCUAUCCAACUGAAGCAAGAGACUGGAGCACUGCCAGUGGUGAGGGUGUGAGGAGUGAGGAGGUGAGGAGUGAGGAGGUGACAGCUCUACUGAUGAAGCUGCGGGGAGUGUUCCUUACUCUCAGUGACGUCAUGGGCUCCAUUACAGCCGACUCCCAUUCUUGUUCCACGGUGGAGGUGAGGGGGAGACCGUUCCACUGUGCCCACGUCCAGCGAGGGAAGGAGGUACUUCUCCUCGCCCUCCCUGCCUCCCUCCUCCCCCGCCAUCUCCUCCUGGCCACCACCAUCAGACUGGAACACACCCUCCGUCUUCUCUUUCACUCUCCACAGAGUGUUUUUCCUCCCGAGGAUCAUUCGAAUGUGAACCACGUUCUGAGCCUCCUCUUCCUCCAUCUCUCCUCUCAUUCUCCCUACCCCCACUGGCCACACCCCCUCCGUAUCUCUCCACUCACUGGCGUCAUUGCUGCCCACAGCAGUGAACCCUACCCUGUGGAGACCGUUCUACGUGUCAGCGAAGCUCUGGAUGAACUCGAGACAGCGACCCCCUCCUACCACCUCACUGACCUUGCACACUCCCCCCGAACCUUCUUCCCUCGAGGCUCCGCCCUAUUUCACCAGGGGCGGUUGGUGGUGAGUCAUUUGCAGCUGGCGAGCUUGUCCAAGUGGUUAUUUUCUGUCAAUCUUAUCGUCUUUUGGAGAUAUCGGCUCUCGAACCAAGAUCCUCUAUUGUCGUAUGGAGAGAGAUCCAUUUGCACCAGUCUUCAAGUUCUGAGGUUGAGGAUGUGGAAAUGAGGGGACGCGUCUUCCUGCUUCUGGUGGGUCUGGACGGUGUCCUCGUGGGACUCGUUAUGGAGGGGUGUGGUCUCACAGAUGAAGCCACACCCACCCUGGACCCCGCCUACGUCACUGAGGCCAAACAGCUGAUAGCAAAGUUGGACCUUCAGGAUGUCUUUGACAGCAACUCUUCUGGCAGAGGGUCGGUAAAGUCCCAGAUCCCACUGGUGGCCUCUCUGGACCGAGUGCUAACUGCCCACCUCUCCUCCCCUCGUCACUCCUCACACCUUCCCCACACUCCCCGAUCUAGCAAAAGACGCUCUCUGGACAAACACAACCACACCAAACAAGGGUCAGAUUCCGAGGGUGAGGAAGACUCUGGUCUCGCACCUCGCUCCAUGACCUUCCCUUCCUUCCGACCACGAGGGAAGAAGAGAUCCAGUCCCCUACCAUCGCUACCUGAAACACUAGCCCUCAGACAAAACUACACACUGACGGCUGGGAAUGAGAAUAUUCUUCUUCACUACCUGUCUUUGGAGGCGGGGCAGGGGGCGUGGCUUGGCCCCACCCACCACACCUCGUCCACAUACGGCACCCUACACUUGGAAAUGGUCACUUGUUUUCACACCACCUGCUCAUCCAUCAGGGAGAUGCUACUGGCAAAGACAGAUGAGGAUCUUGAAGACGAUGUAGACUGGGAGGAUGAGAGUGAGGAGGAGGAGGAAGAUAUGGCGAUAGAGAGACAAGCAACCCCUCCCACUUUCUCUUGCCCUCCACUGACAGGCGGUCGGUGUGUGGAGCACGGAGUUCUGCUGGAGGUCCCUCUCAGGAACUUUGCCACCAACAAACAGCUGAGGAACAUCCCUCCUCUCUGCUACUGGGUCGUCGGGAGACUGUUUCCAGAGGAGGGACGAGAGCUGUACGUGUGUUACGAGGAUAACGUGUCUCAGACAAUGGUCGAAAUGACCUUUAAACUUCUAUUUGCCACACCCACUACUUAACAACUCUACCACUGUCUAUAUCAUAUAUUUCUGCAACCAUUUCGCAUAAUAUUUUUAUCACAUGAUAUAAUUUAUUAUGAACCAGGUGAAUGAUGUAAUGAUCUGGUGAAGUGAUUUAAUAAUUUGGUGAUUGAUCAUGUUGUUUUCUCGGCAACAACACACCAGUUUUCGUGAUCGUAAAAUUCCUCCAGAAUCCUGACUCCGCCCACCUCGUUAAACAGGGCACUCAACUCAUUUCUCUGGAAGACGUGAUAGUACCUCAGAAACGUCUGAAACCCUGUGCCUCAAGACUGGGGGUCAUGUGAUCUCCCUUAGUAGUCACAUGACCCAAAUCAGGCAUCACAUGAUCUUUCUUCAUGGUCACAUGACCCAGCCUUUCGUCCUCCAUUUCACUGCUGUUGUGUAGUUUUGUUGUCCCUUCUUCUUCACCAUCUUCCCCCUCCUCCCUCUCCUCCCUCUCCCCCUCUUCCUCCCUCUUUAUCUUGCUGCUCCUUCCUUCUUCUUGUUCUCUGUUUUCUGUUCAUCUUUUUCUUCUUCGCAGCCUCAGCUCCAGCUGACCCAGAGACAUAGCGAGGCUGUAGGUGCCAUGGAACAAGCACGUCCUGCUCUGUAAACUUUUUCCUCUCCUGCUCCAUGGCCCACACAUACACCAGAAUAGUUCCUCCUUUCCUCGUCACCCGGAUCAGCUCUCUUAGAGCCUGGAGCCUGCGGGAGCCACUGGACAAAUGGUGCACCACUGCUAUGCUGAUCACCGCGUCAAACGAGUUAGUCCGGAAAGGCAAGUUCAGGCAGUCUGCUACUGCGACCUCGUGACCUCUUCCACCAGCUAUACAGGCUAAUUCGGGACACAUGUCACAUCCAAUUGUGUAUCCAGAGCAUGCCACAGACAAAUAUUUUCCAUUUCCACAACCUACGUCAGCGACGAUACUUCCGGGUGGAAGCUUGCGGAGGAAGUCAGCAACUUUUGGCCAGGGUUUGUACCUCGUGUCACUGAAAUGGCUCGCUAUCUGGGAGUAGACGGCGUGUACGUGCCUCCUCUCCAGCCCAUCCUUUGUACCUUCAAGCGACAUUAUCUGUAUCUCUUAGCCGGAAAGUUCGCUCAAUCUAGCCGGAAACACCACGUGUCCAUUACGUGUCCUACUACAUGUCU